GAGGGAGUUCAACGAGACGGAUUGCUUCGGAGAUUGGAGUCUGGUGUAGGAGUGAAGAAGGGCAGAGUGGCUGGUCCCAGCUGCUUUUGGGGGGGUCGAGGGCGCGCCGUGCAUGCGUGGUUUCGCUUCACUGUAAGGGACUGGAUAUUGUGUUCGAUCCUCGCUAACUAUCCGUAGGAGAGAGUUGGACCGGACUGAGUGCUUCCGGGAUUGGAGUUCAGGAUCGGAGUUCGGAAGGAUGUGUUGAGUUGACUCAGCUCUUAGCUGAAAUAGUGUCGGUCUUUAUACUUGAAGGAGAUUGGCCACGGAAUUCCGGUUUCUAGGAAUCGGUCGUGCUGCUGUUAAGGGAGCGGCAGAUACAAAACGAUAAAGGGACGGAGGAACAGACAGAAAAGCCAGUGUUGUACAGUUGAGCGCUUGGUUCCGAAGCACGGGAGUGCGUUUUGUGAAUUAUUUGACAUGUUUGAUGGUUACAGGUUGAGGGAUUGAUGAUUGUGAUGUGGUGAUCGUCGUUUUUGCGGAGUAUACGUGCAAAUGUUACACUGUUAGGGCUCGUCGUUUUGGCCUCAUACGCAAUCCUCGCAUUACUUUGCUAAUCAUGAACGACGUAUACAUCAGGGCAAAGUAGGUGACAAGUUCCUAAGUCGGCUGGUGUGGUGAUAAUCCUGCAGAAGUGUUGUGGGCUGUCGGAAUGCAUAUCGAUGCCUUUAAAAUUACAAGCACAAAUGAUUCUUCCGGCAGUCGAAGUCAUCCGGGGUCUUGGGUAGCCUACAAGUCUAUGACUGAGAUAGUAUUUCUGUAUUGGUGAUGUUUGAUAAUUAAAUGAUAGUGACACAGUAUCAUAUGGACAGAAGCCUGAAAUAAGAGGAUGUUAGUUAACAUACCAACGGGAUGCGGUGUUAGCAGUGCGAUGUUCCAUCAGUCGAGUGCUGCCAGGGUCAAGUUAUGAUGCUACAUGUCUUUCGGCUAGAGGGACUGAAUGAAGCAGGAAGAUGGAGAUUUUACUUGGCGUCUUGGUGUGGCUAACGGCCGUAGGUGGCGCCACGCCGAUAAACCAAGGAAGCAAGCAUAUAAAAGAUGACGUCCACCUCGAUGAGGACACUAUCAUUCCGUUCAUCGCGACAGAUUCGGGCCAAUUCUUGAGCAGCGAUCAGUCGCACGUGACCAGAGAGAAGCGUGACACUGCCAGUCAAUACAUAUCACAUGACCUAUCACAUGACCAUCCAGUAUAUAUAGGAUUCAUCGCUUUUGGAAGCAAUUUUCAUAUCAAUUUAACAAAAACUGGAUUAUUUCCCAAUCAUCGGACUUUAGUGGAAUAUUUCCACGAGAACACAACCGAGCGGAGUUACGUGUCUUUGGAGAGUCACUACGCUGGGACAGUGGUAGGAAUGGAGCGGUCAAGGGCGAUAUUUACCUUGGAGAAUGGCAUGCAUGGUGUUGUGGAGACUGCCGGAGAAAAAUAUUAUAUAGAACCUUUAGAAUAUAUUCGGAACACCACCAGGCAGCCUCAUAGAAUAUAUAAACGAAGACUAGAAAAUAAAGGCCACUUUUGUGGCACAUCAGAUAGCACACCUCAAUUUAGAAGUGAGAGCUACUCAGGGACUGCCCGACAGAAGCGAUCUGUGAGCACGCAGCGCUACGUAGAGACCCUGGUGGUCGCGGAUAAAACCAUGGCAGCAAAGUAUGGCAAAAGGAAGGUCGAAAAUUAUUUAUUAACUGUGAUGAAUAUAGUUAGUCAAUUAUAUCGAGACGCAUCUAUAGGGAACAUGAUUCAGAUAGUAGUCACUCGCAUCAUUGUUCUAAUGCAUCAUCAGACAAAAUUAUAUCUAACUCAUCAUGCGGAUAAAUCGUUGAAGAGUUUUUGUCAGUGGCAGAAGUCCAUCAACUCACCCCAGGAGAGGCGAAAAUCCAAGGCUCCUCGUCAUGAUAACGCCAUUCUCAUUACCAGACAUGAUAUCUGCACAUACCAGAAUAAACCCUGUGCAACGUUAGGUUUAGCACCAGUAGCAGGGAUGUGUGACCCCCUGCGAAGUUGUAGCAUCAUAGAAGACCUUGGACUGGCAUCAGCAUUUACUAUAGCGCACGAGAUGGGUCAUAAUUUUGGAAUGCAUCAUGACGGAACGGGUAAUACCUGUGGCCAAUCAGAACACCAACCUGCCGGGCUGAUGGCCGCCCAGAUCACAAGCAACAACGAUCCAUUUAGUUGGUCAGUUUGUAGUAAGGAUUACAUCACACAAUUCUUAGACUCAGGUCAAGCUAAAUGCCUGGACAAUAUUCCUCCAGAGUGGAACAAGAAAACCCCAAAGUUCCAUAUCGGGAGGGUGCACAGUGCUGAUGAGCAAUGCCAGUCACAAUUUGGCGAGCAGUCACGGCAAUGCCCGGACGAACCUUGGGUGAUGUGCAGCGUUUUGUGGUGUAGCGACCCCAAUGAUCACUGCGUGACACACAACCUCCCAGCGGCUGAGGGGACGGAAUGCACAUCGUUCAACGUCGACAAUGGGUGGUGCUUCCGAGGAAGGUGUAUAGAAAAAGGACAUCGCCCACGCGGUACCAACGGAGGCUGGGGUAACUGGACAACAUGGGGCGAGUGCUCCAGGUCCUGCGGUGGUGGCAUCCAAGUAAUUGAACGGUUAUGCGAUAACCCAAGACCUCGAUUUGGUGGCAAAUACUGCAUUGGCGAGAGGAAGAAGUACAGACUCUGUAACACAGAGAAAUGCCCAACAAAUACUACCUCAUUUAGGGAGUUGCAGUGUUCAAGUUACAACUCCAUUGAGUUCAGGGGAACGUAUUAUAAAUGGGUGCCUUAUACGGGAGUCAUCGGAGGUCAUCAGAAGAAUCGGAAAAACCCAUGUGUUUUGUACUGCAGGGCGCGUGGCUUUAACUUCUACACUGAAAGGUCCUCCAAGGUCGUCGAUGGUACCAAGUGUUACCCUGGGUCAAAGGAUGUGUGUAUCAAUGGGCACUGUCAGCCUGUAGGUUGUGAUAGCGUGCUAGGGUCUGGUGCAAUCGAAGACAAGUGUGGACAGUGUGGCGGCAAUGGUUCGUCUUGUCAGACUGUGGCUGGCGUUUACAACAAGGAAGUUGGAAUGGGAGUGUAUUCUGAUAUCAUCGAAAUUCCCACUGGGGCAACGAACCUAAGAAUAGAAGAAAUUCAGAAAUCUAGGAAUUACUUAGCUCUUAAAUCAGCGGAUGGUAAAUUCUACGUCAACGGUGGCUGGCGGAUCGACUGGUCCACCAAGACGUUUGAGAUAUCUGGCACAGUGUUCAAUUACGCCAGGCCUGGUAACAAACCUGAAUACCUCGAGGCCAAGGGUCCGCUGACGAAAAAUGUCAUAGCUUCGAUUUUGGGUCAAGAGGAAAAUAAAGGGAUUUCGUAUACCUUCAAUGUCCCACAUGAAGAAGGGGAGACCACUACGCCGGUGAUAGUUAGGUUCUUGUGGGAGUUGUCACCUUGGUCUGAAUGCAGCAAGUCAUGCGCAAAAGGUAUCGAGAAGAGAGUGUCAGUAUGUGUGCGGAACGAUGACCGUUCGGUUGUGUCCGAGACCUACUGCAACCCGGAUGAACGACCAGAGGCGAGGACGAAGUUGUGCAAUGAACAAUCAUGCCCGCCGCGCUGGGUACUAGGAAAAUGGUCUGACUGUUCUGUCACGUGCGGCAAGGGUCAGAUAUCACGUGACGUGGCCUGCAUGAGCCAAGUGGAUGACUUGGAGCAGACGAAAGUCGCCAUUAAACAUUGUGAAAAACAGGAGAAGAAGCCCAAGGCAAUAGAAGUGUGCCAGAAAAGGGAAUGCCCCACGAAGUGGGUGACUGGAAAAUGGAGAAAUUGUUCCGCCGACUGUGGUACCGGGUACAAGGUGCGUGCCGUGUACUGUAUAUCCGAUGGUGCCCGUCCCAUAGAUGUCCGCUACUGCACUGGCAAACCAAAGCCAAGGUCCAAGGAAAGAUGUUUCAUACGACACUGCCGAAAACCACAGUGGGUCACAGGAAAAUGGACUCAGUGCUCCGUCUCAUGCGGCGAUGGUUACCAGAAGCGAGCAGUCCGAUGCCAGACCUAUAACAGUGGUCGAUAUUGCCCAUACCGCUCCCGACCAAUUGGCUAUAAAAACUGCUCCAAGAAGUGUGUCUCUAACAGAAUACCCGAUGCUGAUUGCAAGGACGUUAACCGCGCCCACUACUGCCCGAUGGUUAGAAGUUAUGGCUUUUGUAACAGGGCCUACUUCCAGAAACUGUGCUGCCGGACUUGUACAAGGUUGGCGGGCUCUCGGGCUGGCUAAAGAAAGGUUUCGGUCGCAUUUAUGGAACAAGAGAACGCACCGAGCCGAUGAUUAGAAGACGUGUUGGCGAUGGAAGGCGGAAUCCAGGGAUUACAAUUCUGUGUCCAGGAGAAGUUGAUCACCUUCUUUUUGUGAUGACAGGGCAUGUCUGCAUGGACAAAUCUCAAACACUCAUGAAUAAACGAUUGAAAUGAUACCCGUUCUUCUGUUUCACAGAAGUGUACAGGAGAUAGGAAAGACCCCUAUCUGCGCCAUGUUGCAACUUAAUCAGACCAGCCUGGCUUCUGCCUGUUCGUCUUCCUUUAAAGCACAGUUUCAAAUUGUAGUAUUCUGCCGCAAGGUCAAAAGCGCACAAUGAUUUUCAAAUUGUAUAUAUAAGACAGAAUUUCUGUACAUAAUGUAAUAUAAAUGUUAACUAAGUUAUAAAUGGGACGGAUAAAUACUACCUUGAUCUAAAAUGAUUUUAGGACAUAUCAUACACUGAAUCAUAAUAAAGCAAGAUUGAGGAUAAAAGCAUGGAUACUUUUAAUACUGAAUGGGCUAAUAUGCUUUGCCCGUUAGUUCACUUGACGGGCCAAUUUGUAUGCUAUUUAUUUAUAUAUACCCACUGGAUUCAACCGUACUGUUCUAUGGAAAACACAAUAAAUGUAUUUUGUUAGUCUAA